CGGUACCUGGUACGAAGUGCAUGUGGUUCUUCUAGGCCCUCUGGGGGCGAUGAAUAAGGUAAGGUAGUUCAGGUACCACUGUACAGCCAGAGUACAACCUUCAGGUAUCUUGUUUGCUUCCUCCUGCCUUCCAGGCUGAGAACGUCAAAACAUCCCCUCAUCCAUCAUCAUCAUCAUCAUCUUCCUCCUUUAGACCUAUUCAAUAUCAAACUAUACACCUUCGAGCCUUUCCUCCCUAAAGCAUCUUCAUUCAACUCUGGAGUUGCAGAGACGAAGAAAAAGGGAAGUGUUUCGUACAUCUCGUAAGCCUCGACAGUCAAUGAGGAAACGUCUCAGUCACAUCCAUCAUGGCACCACUGGCGGCCGACCCUCGUCAGAUCCUCGUCGUCCUUAACCAGGCCAGGAGAAAGGCUCUGUACAUUCUCAUUCAAGACAUUAUAGAUGCUAUGCGAUCUCAGCUGCAGCUCGGAAAACGUCUUGAUCCGCCCAAUGCUGAACUGAUCGACCUCAGGCAAGAUGCACUGAACCACUUCGACGACUGGCGGAGAGAAGUCCUGAAGAAGCUCAAGGACAUCGUCUCCGCUGCCGAGGACAAUAAGAUCCUGGAAGCCCGGAAAAAACGCCAGGAGGAAGUAGCCAAGCUCAAGCUCGGGUCCCAAGAAGAAGAAGAAGAAGGAGAAAAAGAAGAAGACCUCCUCAGCUUUGGGACGACCGAGAACUCGGAUACGUCCAACGCCAAAGAUGUUUCCGUCCUGCGCCAGCAUUAUCCCCCGGUGCCCACUCGCCUCACCACCAUUCCUGUACAGGACAGGCGUGAGGUCCUCAGCUGCGUGCUGCUCGUCAUCCUCUCCACCGGCCACUAUGCCGCUCACUCACGUGUCCUUGCCCUCUAUCUCGCUUCGUCCCUCGAACUGCCUCUGGCCCUCUUGAUCGCCGAGGAGACCGAGAUUGCCAAGUACCUCAUGCUGCAGUCCUCGGCCGCCAAUGAUAAUAAUGACGGCUCGGGGAACAGGAAGCACAGCGCCUCCCCCUCUCCCGAUGCAAUGUCCGGCGAGGCAGAAGUCGCCAGGCGUCGCCAGGAGAACCAGACAUCCCGCUUCUGGAAGGUUGGCCUCGCUUCUGUGGCCGGUGCCGCCGUCAUCGGCGUCACUGGAGGCCUAGCCGCCCCCGUCGUCGCCGGCGCCAUCGGCGGUAUCAUGGGCAGCCUCGGCCUCGGCGGUGUGGCCUCCUUUCUCGGUAUCUUCUGGGCCAAUGGUGCCCUGGUAGGCACGCUAUUUGGAGCCUUUGGUGCUAAAAUGACGGGUGAGAUGAUGGACGCCUACGCCCGGGAGGUGAACGACUUUCGUUUUCUUCCGCUCCGGGACGAGAAGCCCGCCGUCCGUGCGUCGGCGAGGACAAAGACAAGAACAAAUGAUGCUGCCGAGAACCAGGAGCAUCGCCGGCUCAGGGUGACCGUGGGCGUCAACGGCUGGCUCCGAGAGGAAGCCGAUGUCACCAAGCCCUGGCGCGUCCUUGGCGACGAAUCCGAGGUGUUCGCCCUGCGAUACGAGAUGGACGCCUUGCUUGCCCUCGGGACCUCCCUCGAGGAGCUGGUCACCUCAUAUGCCUGGAGGUACAUCAAGCUGGAAAUCCUCAAAAACACCGUCCUCGCCUCCCUCCGCGCUGUUCUCUGGCCCGCUUACCUCCUCGGCGCCGCCUCCAACAUCGACAACCCCUUCAGCCUGGCCCGCAACCGCUCCGAGAAGGCCGGCCACGUCCUCGCCGACGCCCUCAUCAACCGCGCCCAGGGCGAGCGUCCCGUCACCCUGAUUGGAUACUCCCUCGGCGCGCGCGCCAUCUACUCCUGCCUGCGCACCCUCGCCGACCGCCGCGCCUUCGGACUCGUCGACACCGUCGUCCUCAUCGGCGCCCCAGCGCCCUCCAGCACGGCCCACUGGCACGUUCUCCGCUCCGUCGUCGCCGGCCGCAUCUUCAACGUCUACUCCGAGAACGACUACAUCCUCGGCUUUCUCUACCGCACCACUUCCCUGCAGCUCGGCAUUGCAGGCUUGCAGCCCAUCACCGACGUCCACGGCAUCGAGAACCUCGACCUGAGCCGGGAGGUCGCCGGCCACCUGCGCUACCCGCACCUCAUCGCCCAGAUCCUCACGCGGUGCGGGUUCCCGGAUGUGAAAGGAGGGGAGGAGGCCAUCGAGCGGGACGAGGACCUCGACCGCGCCGAACGGGAGUCGCGGGACGAUUUCCCCCGCGAGGCUCGAGCUGUGAAAGGAGAUACCGGAAGCGGAGUGUCUAGUGGUGGCAUUGUUCAAGGUGACGGGCCGUCGUCGCCCCCCACCCUGCCACCGCGGCGGGCGACGGGCAGUAGUAAUCAGCCGGAAACACCUCCUUGGGCUUCUUCUCGGGGGAACGACCCGCUUGAUCUGGGCUCGCUGGGGAAGAAAACCGGGGCCUCAAGUUCACCAGGGGCCGAAGAGAAGACUUCGCCUGCUCAGCGACAUGGGCAGACAAAUGUCCGAUCUGAUAGCUGGCGGUUACCGGAGCGGCCGAAGCAGCAGCGGGAGUUUGACGUAGAGUCGGAUGACGGUAGCUAUCAGGGGAUCGUCAUGAUGGAUAAUGAUUGUUGA